GACAGGUUUCAGUUGAGCUCAAGCCAUCAGUCAUCCACCUUAAUUUUAUAAUUAUUUUUUCUGUAUUCUAUAUUUUUUGUUUAAUAUUUGAUUUUGUGUUUGUUAAGAUUUUUAUAGUUUGUUUGCGUGCCUAAAUAAACAAGAUGCGUUUUGCAAUUGUAACAAUAUUCGUUCUUCUUAUCGCCGCAGUGGCUUUCGCUAAGCCAGCUAAGAGCACACCACCAAACAGCUGCACUCGAGUAUGCCCAACCAACUAUGAACCAGUUUGCGCAAAAGCUAAAAACGGAAAUAAAGAGCGCUUGUUAACUUUUGGUAGUGACUGCGUCAUGAGCAAUUACAACUGUGAUCAUACCGACGACCCUUACGAGAAGAAAUCAAAUGGCGAAUGUGGGAACAAAGUGAGCGUUCGUCUCCAAUAGAUCAACUUAAACGCCCUUUAUUUUAUUGAAAUUUAAUGUUUAAAUAAAGAAACAAUUUUA